UACUCCCAAAUAGAUCUAGAAUAAUAUUAACUUUCGCUUUGGAAAGUUACAAAGCCUAAACAAAAAAACAUUGAGAAAAUGCCGUUCAAAGUAAAACACGUUGUUGCUGAUACAGGAGCAUUCAUACGGAAUGCUAAUCUUCGAGAAAUAGCUGAAAAUGUCUAUACUGUUCCACAAGUAAUUGAAGAAAGUAUUGAUAGGGCAACAAGAAGGCGGCUGAAUCUGCUACCAAUCAGCAUUAACUUCAAAGAGCCAUCAACUGAAGCCUUACAGUUUGUCUCUGCAUUUGCUAAAAAAACUGGUGAUUAUUUAUCCUUGUCAGCAGUGGAUUUAAAAGUUCUGGCCUUAGUUUAUGAUUUAGAAAAGCAGUUUAAAGGUACAGAUCAUAUCAAUAAAGAUCCACCUACAAAGUCACAGUAUGUUGUUGGAGGAACUAGUGAUUCUUCAGGUGUGAAGUUGGCUGUAAAGCAAUAUGCUGAAGGAGAAGCUUUGCCAUCAAAUUUAAUUGGAGAGAAAAACGCUGAUGAAAGUGAUGAUGAAGAAAUUUGUGAUGAGGUUGAAGACACCGAUGAGGAUAAAGAAACACUGAAUAAAGGGGAAGAUGUUGAGAAAGAGAAAUCUGACAGUAAUAAAAACACAGAGGAACUUGAAGGGAAGAAGGAGGACUCUGAAUCAGAUAAUUGUGAUAUAAAAGAACAUUUUAAUGAAGAUAGUAAUGCUGAAAAUGAAAGUGAAGAAGGUGAGGAUGAGGAAGAUGAUGAUGAGGAGGAAGAUGAUGGAUGGAUUACUCCUGGAAACAUAACAGAAGUGAAAAAGUCAAUGGGUGUAGAGACCACAUCAGAAGAUGAAGUCUGUGUUGGCUGUUUAACAACAGAUUUUGCAAUGCAGAAUGUGCUUAUUCAGAUGGGUCUCAACAUUCUCUCCGUGGAUGGUAUGCUGAUAAAAAAAGCCAAAAGUUAUGUUCUAAGGUGUUUUGGAUGCUUGAGAAUCACUAAAGACACAUCCAGAGUGUUUUGUCCCCAUUGCGGCAAUAGAACUUUAAAGCGACUCUCGACAACUAUUGAGCAGGAUGGUUCUGUCAAAUAUUGGUUAGCUAAAAACUAUACCAUACGUACUAAGGGCAUGAAGUAUUCGUUGCCUAAACCUCAAGGAGGCAAACAUGCCAUGAAUCCAAUUUUAUGUGCAGACCAGCCAGUUCCUGAUCAAAGGCCAUCCAAGAAAUCUCUUCAGAAAAUCGAUGUAUUGUCCCAAGAUAUAAUUGCGGACAUGAGCCCCUUCACAAUCAAUGAUGUCACAAGCCGGGCUGCACAGCUGGGAAUAACUGGACGCCAGUGGUCUAAACGUAACCCUAAUGAUGGUUACAGGCGCUUAAAUAAACGUAAAGGAAAAUAAAUAAA